AAAAGGCUUGAACCAAUAUGGAUGUUAUUCCUUGCGUCUGAAGUAUAGCACCAUCACCUAAUUAGGUCACACCAGAGUGAGUGUCCAAAGUCGCUCUGACCCAACUCCCUCGAUGAUGCAGUGUGUGUUUGGAGAUAAAUGAUAUAACAUUAAACUCAAGGUGGUUGAGUUGCAGUAGGGAGUCGGAAGCAAGCCAAGGGAACACCUCUCUCUGCAGGAGACUUGGCCGUUCCAUUACCAAGGGUUCCACGGAGAAAGAAGACGUCAGGACUCUGUGCUUGCGUUGUUGAUGCACUUGAUUUUAUGGAUCUUGUUGCUUGACCAAGAAUGACAUUCAAGAUUAACAACAAACUUUUAUAGGCACUGGCUGUGAGACUCUUGGUCACUUAACCCUUUGAAGACGAUAUACGGCUGACCUUUUACAUCCUGAAUGUUUAGUUUAGGGUUUCGGUGUAUUAGUGAUUUGCAGUCUAAUGCAUGCAGGAACAUCAUCUUGGUGGCAUUUCUUCUAGACAAAAAACACUUUAAAAUUAGUUUAGCCUCAAGUUUAAUUUUGGGGAAUUAUAUAGAAUGUUUAGAGAAUUAGAAGUGCUCUAGCACAGUUUCAGUCAACAAAGGGUUAAAGGACACUUGGAUUUUAUGGUAAGGUUAGCAGGAUAAUGCAACCAGGUUUAGAAUGAAGAAAGAGAGCUAAAAUUGGUCAAGGGUUUAAAAAAAAAAAAAAAAAUGAAGUUUAGUUACCAUUCAUUUUUCUAAUAGUUGUAUAUUCAAAGGAAGGUUUAGUUAGACUGAGAUAGGUGGAUGAAGAUGCGUAUGACUUUUCUUUCUCUGCUAAGUUACCUGUUUUUCUUCACCUUGUGUCUGUUGCAGAAUCCAGACAGUAAAAUGAUGCAGAUUAACCUGACUGGGUUCCUGAAUGGGAAGAACGCCAGAGAGUUCAUGGGAGAGCUGUGGCCCCUGCUUCUGAGUGCUCAAGAAAACAUUGCUGGUAUCCCCUCUGCUUUCCUGGAGCAGAAGAAAGAGGAGAUUAAGCAGAGACAGCAGAUCGAACAAGAAAAGAUAGCCACUUUGAAGAAACAGGACGAAGAAAAGGAGAAGAAAGAUAGGGAAGAUAAAGAAAAUAGAGACAAGGACAAAUCCAAAAGUCCAAAAAGGAAAAAAUCCCGGUCCUCUUCACCAAGACGACGCUCCCCUGUUAGACGUGACAGAAAGCGCAGUCAUUCCCGGUCACCUCGUCGAAGGGCGAAGAGCCCCGCUGUUACACCCCCCUCUCCACCAAAAAACACAGAGCCGCUUCUGCCAGAGCCUGAUCAAUCAGUGACCGUGACAAACGACUUGCUCAUUCAAGAAGCUUCUUCAACAAGUGAUCUACUGAAGGAAGUCAAACCAGACUCUGUACUUGAAACAAAAGAAGCUUCUCCAGAUGGGCCCCCAAAGGAGGAAAAACCGAAACCAAAAGAAAAGGAGAAAGAUAGAAGAGAAAGAAACCGGCAUAGAUCUCGCUCCCCGUCUAAAUCCCGGUCUCGCUCCCGCUCACAUUCUCGCUCCAGAAGGCGACCCAGAUCCCGAUCCAGAUCCUACUCUCCUAGGAGGAGACCCAGCCCUAGACGGCGUCCCUCACCCCGCAGGAGGAGUCCACCAAGGCGCAUGCCUCUCCCUCCAAGGCACAGGAGAAGCAGAUCCCCAGUCAGAAGGAGGCGUUCUCCUUCACCCACUUCAGGUAGCAGCUCUUCCUCCUCCUCAUCUCGAUCACGGUCUCCCCCAAAGAAGCCAGUGAAGCGCAUUUCCACAAGUCCACCCCGCAAGCCUCGCCGAUCGUCUCCUUCAGCUAGUCCCCCCAGGAGGAGGCACAGGUCACCCCCACCUCCCAGCCCUCCUCCCAAGGGUCGCAGAUCCUCCUCGCCUCAGCAGUCCAGCAGAGCAAGGAAGGGACGUGGUUCCCCUUCCCCUUCCAGAGCAUCAGCUCCAAAACGCAAAGCUGGUCUAAAGGAUGAAUCUCCUGUCCCAAAACCCAGAAAAUCAGAACAAUCAGAAUCCGAAGAUGAUAAAGGUGGGAAGGGGGCUACAGCAGAUUCUGUACAACAGAGACGUCAGUAUCGCAGGCAGAAUCGGCAGUCUUCAUCAGACACUGGAUCUUCUUCCUCUUCUGAAGAUGAAAGGCCCAAAAGGUCAGCGGCGAGGAAUGGAGAGAUCAAAAAGCGGCACCCACGCUCGGCUUCAAGGAGUUUGUCUCCUUCGAGGAGACGACAGAGAGAUAUGUCUCCCAGGAUGCCGCUUGGAAAGAGAUGGCAGUCACCAGUUGCUAAAAGGCGAAGAAGAACCCCAUCUCCUCCAGGCAGACGCCGCCCCCCUUCCCUUCCUAGACGACGAAGAUCUCCUUCACCUCCACCCAGACGCAGGUCUCCAUCACCCCCACCACGCAGGCGCUCUCCUUCUCCAAGACGAUUCUCUCCCCCAAUUCAGAGACGCUACUCUCCCUCUCCCCCUCCUAAGCGAAGAGGGUCAGCAUCGCCACCCCCAAAACGCAGAGCAUCUCCUUCCCCAGCACCCAAGCGCAGAACCUCCAGAUCCCCCCCUCCCAAACGCAGGGGCUCUCCACCACCAAAGAGACAUUCCCCCUCUCCUUCACGACACAGGAGAAGUCCUCCUGCUGGCAGAGCAAACAGAGACAUGCGCUCCCCUCCUCUUCAAAGCAAGUGCCUCUCGCCAUCACCUGCUCCGCGAGGCAGGACUUCACGGGGGUCAGUGAGCCCACCUCCACGCAGAGGGCCUUCCAGCACACCGCCACCUCCACCACCACCACCACAGCCACAGAGGCGCCAGCAGUCUCCAUCCCCGAGCACUAGACCAAUUAGGAGAGUGUCCAGGACCCCAGAACCUAAGAAGACAAAGAAGGCCUCACCAAGCCCUCAGCCUGUAAGGAGGGUGUCUUCAAGAUCGGUUUCAGGAUCUCCAGACCCUGCUCCAAAGAAGCACUCAGCUGCCCCAUCAGCGUCCCGAUCUCCGUCUCGCUCAGCUAGCGGAAGUCCACCCCCACCGGUCAAAAAGGUCAAGAGCGCGUCGCCCAGCCCAUCUCCUGCAAAGAACUCUGACCAAGAAGCUGGUGGUAAAAAGAAAAAAAAGAAGAAAGAUAAGAAACACAAGAAGGAGAAAAAACACAAGAAGCACAAGAAACACAAGAAAGAAAAAGCAGCAGCAACAACGACCGCUGCAGAUGCAGAAACUACUGUCCCGGAACCUGAAGCAGAAGGGGAUUCAGAGCCCAAAAAGCAUUCAGACAGUGAAGCCGAAGACAACCUUGAUGAUUUAGAGAAGCACCUAAGGGAGAAAGCACUGCGAUCCAUGCGGAAGGCUCAGACGUCCCCGUCCCCAUCACCAUCGCCGUCGCCGUCAUGAAGGCCCUGGAUGUUCCAGUGUAUAUUGAGUUUGUUUUGUUAACAUGAUUGAUCUUUCGAAUGUACUAUUGUGAUGUUCACUCCCAGAAUUUAAAGUUUUGUCAUGUUAAUCUGAUGAGACCAGAAAAAUGUCAGCAGUGUACUGGUGACCUCUUCCUUGUAAAAGUGAAAGGAAACUGUCUUCCAUAGAUGGAGGUUAACACGUUUUUAGAAAACAAUAUCUUUAAAACCAGGAAUGCAUUACGUUACUGUUUUUUAGAUGACGUCUUGUGCGAGAUAGCAUGCAUGCAUUCAUUCAUUCAUUCAUUCAUACAUACAUACAUACAUACAUACAUACAUACAUACAUACAUACAUACAUACAUACAUACAUACACCACUUCAAUUACAAAUAUUUACUCCAAACCCAGCUAGUCACAGGUAAUUUACUGUUAAUGUGUUGAGGUGGUUUAGUUUAAGAAGCCAUGAAUUGUAACUUCGGGUACUCAAAGCCGUCUAAGUGGUUACACUUCUUAAACUCUCCCAUUUGUAAGACCUCCUUACGAUGUCUGCUCGCAGAUUUGAAUUGCAGUUCAAGAAUUUACAGAAGGAAUUUGAAGAGCACAAGAAAAUGACAGUUUUGUAUCACACAGACAGAUAAUAGCAGAGCAGUCCUAUCAAUGCACUGGAUUGUGUAUAGAUGCAGCAAUUCAGAUAGGUCACUUGUGUUUUUGUUUAUUUGGUGCUCCUUAUUCUAAAAUAGUUGACCCCUGAAGCUUUUAAUCUGCUCCAGUAAUUACUUUGAUAUCUGCCUCUCUGUUUGUUACCAAAUUGAUAAAUAAAUGUGUUACUUUAUUAGGUACUCUACUAUUGAGACAUGGUAGGCAAAGUAAUGCUGGUGCAGGUUACACCUUUAUUAUGAAACACAUUGGCUGAGAACACUGGACCUUUUUAUUUUAUUUAAAAUGUUUAUGCUGGCAUUUUUAUAUGAGGCUUUAAUUGGGAGAGGAAUAUUGUUCCUUGGGAACCGUUUACUUUGUAUGUUUGCUUUUGUAAAAACAUCAAUUGAUAAAUGCCAGUUAAGUAUUUAGUUAUUGCGAUUGUUCCAACAUCAACAUUUUAUUUUCAGUGCUGUUGCCUGUGGGAGUUUAAUAGACCUGUAAUUGAAUAUAAUGCUCUUGUCAUCUUUUGAACUUUAAAGGUUUUUUUUUUUUUAUAAACAUUGUGGUUUGAAUGGAAAUUAAAUUUCUAAAUUAAAUAGAAUGGGUCUUG